ACGUUAUCUGUUUUACCAUGGCUCAAUUCCCCUACGGUGAAUUUCCAUAAAAUGAAAAAUAUAUGACGUCAUAUUAUUCUCAAUGCUACUGUGAUAUCAGGAAAAGAAUCACACGAACAAGUUUGUCAAAACCAAAUUCGUCUGAUAAUUCUGUUUAUUAUUUCUACAUAUAAAAUUUCUAUUAUACAUAAUGUAGAAGUAAGUAAAAAUGUGAAUAAAAAAAAAAGAAUUAAAAAAAAAAUGCCUAAAAAGAAUCAAACGAGAAAUAAAAACAUAAAAGAAAAAAAGGAAAAAAAAGAAAAGUCAGAAAUUAAAAAGGACGAUCGAUAUUUUGAAGAUAUCAUUGAUAUAGAUGAAAAUAUCUCAAAGGAUUUUGAAUUUCUAUCAAAUGCACCAAUUUCAGAAAAUGAUGAUUUUGUUUUUCAAUCAGAAAAAGACUGGACCAUUGAUAUUUCUAAAUAUUCUGAAUUUUUUACAAUAGAUCUAAAGACAUUAUCUGCAGCAAUAGAAGCAAUUCCAUUUAAUAACAAUGUUAAUAUUGAUAUAAAAUAUUUUACUGAUGACCAGAUAACAGAUAUUUAUAAUAAUGCUGAACGAGGAAAAGAGAAAUAUAAUAAAAUAUUAAAUAAUAUAGAAGAAAUAGUUACAAAUAUUACAAAAAAUGAAAAUGAAAAUCAAGAUUCAUUAGAAAACACAGCUGAGGAGUUAGAUUUUUUAUUAUCAUGUCGAGAACCUAUAAAUGAUCCUUUAAUGAUUGUAAAAUCUUUACCUCUUUCUUGUAAUGAUUCAAAAAUAAAAACUAAAUCUAACACAUCUACUAAAUCUUUAGAUUUAGAAAAAUGGUUGGAUUCUAUAUUGGAUGAUUAAAACAAAUUAUCAUUAAUUAUCUUAUUAUUUCUAAUUGUAAAAUGUUAUAUUGUCAAAAAAUUUGUUACAUAUAGUUCUCUAUAUACAACUUUACAUUUUUGUUAAAUUAAGAUUUCUUAUAAUAAAAAAAAUGAAUAAAAAUCAUUCCUUUUGGUUUUAA